AUGGACGCGGUGGACAACGAGGUUGAAGAAGACUCUGACCAUGUAGUUAAUUCCGGUGCCUCUUUUCAGUAUACACGAGAAGGUAAUCCCACGCCCGAUUUAGCUUGGUUUUUUGAAGACCUAAAUCUGGAAUACGAAAUGGCUACUGACAUUCUAAACAAAUCUGUUCAAAGUGUCAUUAAAUUCGGACCUUUAAAUAGAGAACAUUUAAAUGGACGGCUUACUUGUCAAGCCCGUAAUCACCUAAAAGCUGCGCUAGUUCAGGCUAUUGUACAAAUCGAUAUGAACUUUCCUCCGUUGAGUAUUCGUUUACUUGGCGCACACCAGCCUCUUUCUGCCGGGCGCCGUUAUGAUCUACUGUGCCAAAGUGCUGGAGGGAGACCACCUGCAGUUAUAACAUGGUGGCAAAAUAAUAUACGUUUGGAAAAAACUACCGAAACUAUAUCAAGCGAUGGMAACCAAACUACGAGUACUUUAUCAAUUAUUUUCGAGAAAUCUGAUUCAGGCAAGUUCCUGUCCUGUAAAGCAUACAACCUUGCUAAACCAGUAAUGCCAUUAGAAGACGGAUGGAUUCUAGAUAUACAGUAUUACUAUGGAUGUAGAUACGCCAGUUACAACCACGUCAACCGCUCGGGCAGCUACCAGUGCGCCACGCACUGGGCCUACACCAGCGCCCCGAACUAUGGUUGCAACAGCACCGGCCGCUGCACCGGCAACAACGCGGGCACCUGUACCGACAACCGCGCCUGCAGCGGUACUAGCACCCGCACCUCGUGGUGUCACUCGACCACCACCACGCCAAUCACGGACGUCGGAGACCCUAAG